CUCAUGACCCGAGUCUCCGGGUGUGCGGAGUCAAAAAACACGCACUGUGCCGCUGCUCCCCGCUUUGUUCCCAGCUUUGUCUGCGUGUAGCUCGACAAAAGGCAACGCAUUGAUUGUGUGACAGAUGGGCUUUUGUGCGAAACCUCCCGACUCACCACCGACAUGACCUCCAGCGUCACACGUAGAGCGGUGCGUGCGGGUGGGAGUUGUCUGCCGAAACGCAUUGUUGUGUUGGGGGAUGAUCCGUCCGUAGUACUGCUGCUGCUGCUGCCGCUAUUUGCCUCUGGUCGACUGUGGCUAGCGAGCGUAUGAAUGGCCCACAAAGACAAUAACUGUGUCUUCUCCGCAGAAUUCAACAUCGAAACGCCGCAGGCACCAAGCAGGCCUCUCUUCUCUUUUAUUACCAGCUGAAAAGACCCCCAGAAUCGCCCGUUGGAUGAGAACACAGCGCUCGGAAUUAGAGCCACUUAGCAGGCCGAGUCGCCAUUGCUUUGUAAGGCUGCUGGCUAGCUACCGUCUUCUUCGGAUAGCAAAAGUGAAUCCGAGCAACACGGAGCAUCAAGAUGAAGAAGAAAGCUCGGCAGCACCGGGUCGCGCUGCCGCAGAGGCCGCCGUCUCCCAUCAAGCCCUCCCCCAACAAGCAGAUCUUGACUUAUGCCCAGGCGCAGCGCAUGGUGGAGUUUGAGGUCGACGGCCGCAUCCAUCGGCUCAGCAUAUAUGACAAGCUGGACGUGAUCUCGGAUGACGACCCAAUGGUCCAGGAGAUGAUGGAGUGCACCAGCAAUAAGGAGAAUGCUGAGAAACCUCAGCAGCAGGUCCUCCUGAGGUCAGUCAGACUGAAAAACAACCAGGAAAAGAGAAAUGCUGCACUGGGCAUCACUAGUCACGGAGAUGGAGGCGGACAUCAAGCCAGUGCGAAUGUUGGCCCGAAACUUCCAGAGCCUAAAUUCCGCAAUGUGGAGUAUAAUCUUCCAGCCGUUCCUAAACGCCCAGCUGCCUUUUAUAAAUUCACAGAAAAAACAGAGGAAGAGCUGGAUGAGGAGACAGAAUACGACAUGGAUGAGGAAGAUUACGCCUGGCUGGAGUUGGUCAAUGAAAAACGGCGAAGUGAAGGGGUCAGUCAGGUGUCUCACAACGUCUUUGAGUUCCUCGUUGACCGCUUUGAGAAGGAGCUCUACCUGGAGAGUUUGGAUCAAGGGAGUGAAAAGCAGGUUCCCAUUGAUGAGGAUGCAGUCUGCUGCAUAUGUAUGGAUGGAGAGUGUCACAACAGCAACGCAAUCCUGUUUUGUGAUAUGUGCAACGUAGCUGUGCAUCAAGAAUGUUACGGCGUGCCCUACAUCCCAGAGGGCCAGUGGCAUUGCAGACAUUGCCUCCAGUCACCCACCCAACCAGCACACUGCAUCCUCUGUCCGAAUAAGGGCGGAGCAGUGAAAAAGACAGACGACGACCGGUGGGGUCACGUAGUUUGCGCUCUCUGGGUCCCAGAGGUCGGCUUCUCCAGCACCACCUUCAUCGAACCCAUCGACGGCAUCAGCCACAUUCCUCCAGCCCGCUGGAAACUCACCUGCUACCUCUGCAAGGAGAAAGGUGUGGGGGCCUGCAUCCAGUGCCACAAAGCCAACUGUUACACCGCCUUCCACGUCAGCUGUGCCCAAAAGGCUGGCCUCUUCAUGAAGAUGGAGCCAAUCAAAGAGGUGACAGAAACGGGAGAGCCCACCUUCUCUGUGAAAAAGACAGCCUACUGUGGAGCUCACACACCUAACGGGUGCGUACGGAGACCGCUCACCAUCUAUGAUGAUGUAAAACCCAAAAAUGGACUAUGUAAGAAAAUGGACAAGGGGAGAGGACAGUCGAAAGGAAAACAGAAAAAGAAGAAUAAGAGCAAGAAGCCUGAGCCUGAGGUUGAAAGUGAAGCUGAAGCCCAUGUUAUUGUGCCUACUUUUCCUUCUCACAGGUUACAAACCAUCCUGAACCAGGUGUCGGUGCAGAAGAAGAAAGCCUUUGUGGAGCUGGUCUUAAAUUACUGGACGCUUAAACGACAGUCCAGGAAUGGGCUGCCCCUCAUCAGACGCCUUCAGACAAGCCUGCAGUCUCAGAAGAAUGCACAACCGGUUUGUUCAUCUAGGCAGAAUGAGGAGGAAAGCAGGGCAUUAAAGGAACAGCUUAAGGAAUGGCAUCGCCUCCGACACGAUCUGGAAAGGACCCGACUGCUGCUGGAGCUGAUACGCAAAAGGGAGAAGCUGAAAAGGGAAGAGAUUAAAUUACAGGAGACCCUUCUAGAGAUACAGUUGACACCAUUCAGUAUUUUGCUCAGAGCCCUUUUGGACCAACUCCAGGCGAAAGACCAGGCCAGGAUCUUCACGCAGCCUGUCGAUGUCACUGAGGUGCCUGACUACCUCGACCACAUCAAGCACCCAAUGGACUUCUCCACCAUGCGGCAGCGCAUUGACGCCCAAACCUACAACAACUUUGAGCAGUUUGAGAGUGACUUUAACCUCAUUGUUGAUAACUGUAUGAAAUAUAACUCAAAGGACACUUAUUUCUACCGGGCUGCCGUUCGACUCCGAGACCAGGGUGGAGCCUUGCUGAGAAAGGCCCGACGCGAUGUGGAGAAAAUUGGCUUUGAUUCAGAAAGCGGCAUGCACCUGGCUGAGGCUCCUGAAAUCAAAGCAGCGAAGACGUUUUCUUGGGAGGACGUGGACCGUUUACUAGUACCAGCAAAUCGGGGGCAUCUGUCUCUGGACAAGCAGCUGCAGCAGCUACUGGAGAAGUUUGACCUGACCUGUGCCAUGAAGUCCAGCCCCUCUCGCAGCAAGAGAAUGAAGCUGCUCAAAAAGACCAUCAACGAUGUGCGCAAUGAAAUGAGCCUGAAGAGAGUCCUGCCCUCCCACCAUCACUGUCUUUCCCCCACAUCUGCAUCAACAUCGUCCUCAUCAGCUGCCGCCCUCCCGGAUCUGGGGAAACCGAAAGAAGAGAGACUGAAGCCCAAUGGGCAAUUCCCAGAUGAUGAGGGAGAUAAAUCUCUUCCUCCUAAACUGGAGCCCUCAGACGCCAUACCUCCCCUCAUCCACUCAGACACAGAUCCCGAACCCCCCACCCUCAAACCCAUCGACGCCGCCCCAGACUGCGAGGCUCACAGCAAGCGAGUCAAGUUGGACGUGGAAAUACCAGACCUGUUCUCCUCCACCACACGCCUCAACGGUCACUCCCACGACAGCCUCCAGAACGCUCUGCUGGACGGAGACGUGAGCGUUGUGGCCACGUCGACCCUCGCCCAGCCCACGGGGACGGUUAACCGCCGGACCGCGGUUCUCUUCCGCAAAUCGAAGACCUCCAGUCCACACAAGCCCUCGAAGAGCGGAGAUGAAGGAUCCGACGGAGCGGACAGAAAAGAGGGCGAAGAGGAGGAGGAGGAAGAUGAAGAUGGAGCACAGCUGGGCUCCAAAUCCUUCCUGUCGGUGGUCAUACCCAGACUGGAGACGCUACUUCACAGCAAGAAGAGGAAGCACAGUGGCAGCAGAGACAGCGAGGAGGACGGAGAUGGAGAGCAUGAAGAAGAGGGAGAGUCUCCUGUGAAAAGACUUGACACUGGCUUGUCAAGUGGUUUUCUGGAGGUGGAGGAGGAGAAGCAGCUCGAACAAACCAGUCGAACCAGUAGACCUGUGGAGCCAAGACGACGCUGUGCCUCCGAGUCCUCUAUCUCCUCAUGUAGCAGUCUGCCGGGAAGUACCAGCACCAUUCUCAGUCUUCCAAAAUGUGGUAAGGGGAAACCUGCCUUGGUCCGGAGAAACACUGUGGAUGAUAAGAGCGAAUUAAUCGCCUGCAUCGAAACCGGGAAUUUUGCAAAAGCUGCACGAAUCGCUGCCGAGGUUGGCAACAGCAAUAUUUGGAUGCCCGCUAGUGCUGCAACAGUUGCAUUGGAACCCCUAAAGCUAGUUUGGGCCAAAUGUAGUGGAUACCCUUCCUACCCUGCCUUGAUCAUCGACCCCCACAUGCCUCGUGUGGGCUGCCAGCACAACGGGGUCUCCAUCCCGAUGCCCCCCAUGGACGUGCUCCGCAUUGGAGAGCAGAUGCAGUACAAAGCCGAAGAGAAACUCUACCUCGUCCUUUUCUUCGACAACAAACGCAGCUGGCAGUGGCUUCCUAGAUCCAAGAUGGUUCCUCUGGGGAUAGACAAGACCAUAGACAAGAUCAAAAUGAUGGAAGGACGCACAUCCAGCAUUCGCAAGGCGGUCCAGAUCGCCUUCAGCCGUGCCAUGAACCACCUGAGCAUAGUGCAGGACGAGCCAGUCAGCGACCUCAGCGACGUGGACUGACAAUGACACACAAGCAGACAAACACAAAUCUGUACCUCUCCUGUACCAAAUAGCUUCCCAUCACCUUCUUUCCACCCAAACCCUCGACUCCCUCUCGUCUCUGCGUGAGACUGAAAUGUUUACUGGGCGCCUGCUGUAACAGGUGCUGCCUCUUCCUCAUCCAUUCCCGUUCGUACACACUCCUUUUCCUACAACGUGCCGAAGGGAUGCGGCUGCUGCUGAAAUGAAUGUGUCUAUCUGUCCUCGCCACCUCCAGGCUUCUAACUGUGCUGAAACGCUCACUCCAAACCACCAUGACUGUGAUUUUUAAUUUAUCAUUUCAGGGCAAAAGUGCCGCCGAUUAAUUUCAUACAUUCUAGCAGCCUUACCAAAUCUGUCUGCGGUGUCAGGGCAACCAUUAAAAUGUUUUUUAACCUUAAAUCUGUUAUUUUGGCAGGUAGCCAAUCAUCAUUUCUGACUCAAGUUUAUUUCAAAAGUAGCCGGUGAAGCUGCUAAAAAAAAUCAAAUUUCCUACAUGCAUGCACAAAGGCUUUCCAGCUGCAUCAAAUCUGUAGCCGAAAACCUGCAAUUAUUCUGUCAAGGUCACAUUUACAUAAUCAGCUCCUUGUGCAAAUACUUUCCUUUGUAUUUCAACUGUAAAUAAUCUGUACAGUUGCCUGACACUAACUUAUUUUGUAGUUUUGACAUAAAUGGGUACUGUACAGGUGUUUUCUUAAUAUUUAUACUUGAUGCAUUCUUGGCACUAAAGGUGUGAGUGCGGUUUUUCCAGUGCUGUAUGAUCAAGAAGAAUAAAAAAAAGAAGUGCAAAAGCCUUAGUAUUAAGGAGCUUAGGGCUAAAAUAUCAUGUUUCAGAGAAGUAUGAAAGUAUUCCCUUCUUCACUUUUUUUUAAGUUAUUGAAGUUUAUAUCGUAAGCUUCCAUUUGGCAUUAAUCCUUUUUUUGUAUUAAAAUAGUUUCAGUAUAUUUUUGUUCAUAUAUAUUUAUAUGAUUUGAAUACAUGGUAUAGAGGAUGUAAGUCUGUGAAGCUCAUACAGAUUGUUGUUUGUGGACACAGAACGUUAUAUUGUUCUCAAGAAACCAAAAAUGUUGCUACCCAGAAGUUUUCCGCCGAUUGAUUUUCCUGUGUGACGUGUGAAAUUGUUGCCAAAAAAGGAGAAAAAAAAACAAAAAAACAGUAAAGUGUAUUUUUAUGUCAUACAUUUGACUGGUACCUGGUUUUGCUGUAGUCGUAGGGAGACGUGCCUGCGUUAACUUAUUGUAAAAUAUUCGCAUUACUUUAUAUUCGAGGAAAGACGUGCAAACUGAUUGUGGUAAAGUGGCACAUUUUGUGGUGGAUACUUGCCUUCUUUUUAAGUAACCUUUUCUAACUUUUUUUGUAGUCGUAGAUUUCAAGACAUUUCAUUUUAUAAUAUUGCCUAUUUUUUUCUGGGUAGCAUUGGGUAGUUUUGGUAUAUUUCAUUUUGUACUUAACUGUAGUAGUUUUUUUAAUCAGGUCAUACAAAAUAUUGCUGGGACUGUUUUUUUUUGUAGCAAAGCAAAAAAUAAAAUACAAAUAUGAA